UAACGGGUCGUUAACGCACUUAAUCCCGAUUAUUGUUCGUGAGACUAACGCAUGUUUUACCACCGAGAGCUCCGGGCAGUCGGACGAUGAGAGCCGGGCGGCGGCGGCAGCUUUCCGAGGAGAGACAAUUCAGUGAAGAUGAGACCAUGGUCCCGGUACUAACCUCCAGAAAAGCCAGCGAACUCCCCGUCAACGAAGUAGUGUGUGUCCUGCAGGCGGACCUGCAGUUGGGUCUGAGCCAGGGGGAGGUGAGCCGGAGGAGAGCCUACCACGGCUGGAACGAGUUCGACAUCAGUGAAGACGAGCCGCUAUGGAGGAAAUACAUCUCGCAGUUCAAAGACCCUCUCAUCCUGUUGCUGUUGGCCUCGGCCGUCAUCAGCGUUGUCAUGCACCAGUUAGAUGACGCCAUCAGCAUCACGGUGGCAAUCAUCAUAGUAGUGACUGUCGCUUUCGUCCAGGAGUACCGCUCAGAGAAGUCUCUAGAAGAGCUCGGGAAGCUCGUGCCUCCAGAAUGUCACUGUGUGAGGGAGGGGAACGUGGAGCACAUGCUGGCCAGAGAGCUGGUUCCUGGAGACACCGUCUGUCUCUCGGUCGGAGAGAGAGUCCCAGCAGACCUCCGGCUCGUCGAGGCGACAGACUUGUCCGUGGACGAGUCCAGUCUGACGGGCGAGACCUCCCCCUGCUCAAAGACCACCUACCACCAAGAACCCUCCACCAACGGAGACAUGGCGUCCCGCAGCAACAUCGCCUUCAUGGGGACACUGGUGCGCUGCGGCAGAGCCAAGGGCAUCGUCAUCGGGACCGGAGAGAACUCCGAGUUUGGGGAGGUGUUCAAGAUGAUGCAGGCAGAAGAGGCUCCUAAAACGCCGCUACAGAAGAGCAUGGACCUGCUGGGAAAGCAGCUCUCGCUCUAUUCCUUCGGCAUCAUAGCUGUCAUCAUGCUGGUGGGCUGGCUGCAGGGGAAGAGGAUCCUGGACAUGUUCACCAUCGGUGUCAGUCUGGCGGUCGCUGCCAUCCCAGAGGGUUUACCCAUCGUGGUGACGGUGACGCUGGCGCUCGGCGUGAUGCGCAUGGUGAAGAAAAGAGCCAUCAUCAAGAAGCUUCCCAUAGUAGAAACUCUGGGCUGCUGUAACGUGAUCUGCUCCGACAAGACGGGGACUCUGACCAAGAACGAGAUGACCGCCACUCAGCUGUUCACGUCAGACGGACUCCACGCUGAGGUGACUGGCGUCGGCUACAACGGAGCGGGAGAAGUUUUACUGGACGGCGAGGUCAUCCACGGCUUCUCCUGCCCCUCAAUCAGCAAGAUUGUGGAGGUUGGCUGUGUGUGUAACGACUCCAUCAUCAGGAACCACGCUCUGCUGGGACGACCGACCGAGGGAGCGCUCGUCGCCCUUGCCAUGAAAAUGGGGCUGGAGAGCCUGCAGCAGGAGUACGUCCGUCUGGAGGAGCAUCCCUUCAGCUCGGAGCAGAAGUGGAUGGCCGUCCGCUGUGUUCACCGCACCCUGCAGGAUAAGCCGGGAGUUUACUUCAUGAAGGGAGCGUAUGAGCAGGUGAUCCGCCUCUGCAGCUCCUAUAGCAGCCGAGGAUCCACACUGUCCCUGAACCACCAGCAGAGGGAGCUGUACCAGCAGCAGAUCAGCUACAUGGGCUCAGCCGGUCUCAGAGUGCUGGCAUUUGCGUCGGGCUCCGAGAUGGGGAGCCUGACCUUCCUGGGUCUGGUGGGCAUCAUCGACCCCCCCAGGACCGGGGUCAAAGAGGCCGUGGGCGCGCUCAUCAGCUCCGGAGUCGCCAUCAAGAUGAUUACCGGAGACUCCAAGGAAACCGCUGUGUCCAUAGCCAGCCGGCUCGGCCUGUACUCUAAAGGCUGCCAGUGUUUGUCUGGAGAAGAGGUGGAUGACCUGGACCUGCAGCAACUUUCAAACGUCGUCUCCAGAAUAGCGGUGUUUUAUCGAGCCAGUCCCCGACACAAGCUGAAGAUCGUCAAGUCGCUCCAGAACAUCGGCGCCGUGGUGGCCAUGACGGGCGACGGGGUGAACGACGCCGUGGCGCUGAAGGCGGCCGACAUCGGCGUGGCGAUGGGCCAGACGGGCACCGACGUCUGCAAGGAGGCGGCCGACAUGAUCCUAGUGGACGACGACUUCCAGACCAUCAUGUCGGCCAUCGAGGAAGGAAAAGGAAUUUACAACAACAUUAAAAACUUUGUCCGCUUCCAGCUGAGCACGAGUAUUGCAGCUCUGACGCUCAUCUCCUUGGCAACGCUGAUGAACUUCCCCAACCCGCUGAACGCCAUGCAGAUCCUGUGGAUCAACAUCAUCAUGGACGGCCCUCCCGCUCAGAGUUUGGGCGUGGAGCCGGUGGACCGGGACGUUAUCCGACAGCCUCCCCGUAACGUGAGAGACAGCAUCAUCACUCGCAGUCUGCUGGUCAAGGUGCUGGUGUCAGCGUUCGUCAUCGUCUGCGGGACGCUGUUCGUCUUCUGGAGAGAGUUGCAGGACAACGUGAUCACUCCUCGAGACACCACCAUGACCUUCACCUGCUUCGUCUUCUUCGACAUGUUCAACGCUCUGAGCUCGCGUUCUCAGACUCGGAUGGUGCAUGAGAUGGGUCUGUGCAGUAACAGGACCUUCUGUUAUGCCGUCCUUGCCUCCAUCAUGGGUCAGCUGCUCGUCAUCUACUUCCCUCCUCUACAGAGCAUCUUCCAGACGGAGAGCCUCAGCAUCUUUGACCUGCUGUUCCUGGUGACCCUCACGUCCUCGGUGUGCGUUGUGUCCGAGGCCAUCAAGAUGGUGGAGAGGUGGAGGGGAGCGGAGAGGAAAAGCCCGCCCUCCGACUGCUUCCACGAGGUAUGACCUCCCCUCCCUCCGCACACACACACACACACACACGAAAUGAAGGACUCUGACGUUUGGAGGAGGAGGAGGAGGAGGAGGAGGAAGAAGAAGAAGAAAAAAGAAGAAGAAGAGGAGGAUGAGUGUGAAGGUUUUUUUUAGGAUCUUACAAAAAUAAUGGCACUGACUAAUUAAGACUGCGAGGACUUGUGGGAUUUUUUUUUUUCCUGCGAGGUUCUCCGGAGAAACUCCGGUCUGGGACUGGAGGAAGUUCCCCGGCAGCUUUGGGAGGUGAGUUAACGGACUGGACUUUGGUGAAACUGGGAGGACAAGAUGCAUGCUGGGAGAUCUGACCCUUUUACUAUAGAGCUCCACAGCAGCUGUUUGUUCGUGCUCGGGCCUUGCCGUAGACUCCUGACCGCAGCUUUGGGGGGGGACAUACCGAACACAACUUCCAGUUUCGAUAUUUAGGACGUAAGAAUCAAUGCUAUAGAGACAUGUGCAAUUCUCUUCCAGUCUUUCUUUCUUCCUUUCUUUUUGUAUCCUUUAGAAGGUGUUGACCACUACUCAACGUUUUCAUGAUUGAUAUUGAUAAACUUGUUUUGAUUCCUCUAUAGAUGGUUUACAGUUAAUUUACCUAGGUGGAGGUUUAACGGUACAAAAUGUUUAGUCCGUUACAAAGUUGUUGUUGUUUUUUUUUAGCUCAGCUGGAAAAAGAAAAUGUUUAAUUUCUCUCUGUUUUAUUUAGGAAAAAGUUCUAAUUUCUGCUGUAAAAAAAUUAAAAUACUAUAAGAUUUACUUAUAUUUCAAUUAUUUAAAGAAGCUAAGGCGUUAUGUCAGUGUUGCUAUGUGCACUUAAAGGAACAUUGCAGUUCACAUCGAGCGUAAGGCUUUAGUUUUAUGUUUUUCUCCUACGGAAGUCUAUGACUGCCAAUAUUUAAGAAGAUAAUUAAAGCAAAUUCAAAUAACAUUUUUGUCAUAAUUUACUGGAUUUCAUUUGAGAGACCUGGCUGGUUGUCGUGGUAAAAUUUCCGACGUAAGUUCUUGCACAGAAAAGUCUAAAUGAUUAAUAAUCAAAAAGACAUUAAAUAGUUUAAACACUGAGAACAAUGUUUAAAUUCAAAGUUUGUAAUUACAAUUUUUAUUGAUUUCUUUUCAUUGUUUUGCAGAUUUUUAAAAAUUAAAAGU